AUGGUUGAUGUAGGGUUGGUUAGCAGCCAGGACAAGGCCAUUCGUGGCCCAUCCGCACUACUAGAUACUGCAACUGGGACCGCAAGCCCUCUCGCACCUCUCGAGCUCAUAGGGGGGCAAUACCUAGGAGUCCCCACGUCACCAAAAAGCUACAGGUUUAGUGGCGGGGGGCUGGCUGCACCCUCACAUCGCACCGACAAGGAUUAUGAUCCGAAGAAAGAUGGGGAUUGCGCGGGGUUGAGGGAUGACGACGAGGAGGAGGAGGAGAAGGGUGAGAAGGAGGAGGAGGAGGAGGAGGAGGAGGAGGAGGAGGAGGAGGAGGUGGAGGAGGGGGAGAGAGAGGGUAGUGGUGAGGAGGCUGAGGAGGAGGAGGAGGAGGAGGAGGUGUCCCAGCCGGGGAAGGCUAAGAGGAAGGCCAAGGGGAAGGCCAAGGGGAAGGCCAAGGGGAAUGCCAAGGGGAAGGCCAAAGGCAAGGGGAACGGGAAGAAAAAGGGCAAGGGUAAAGGCAUAGAAGUUCAGGAGGAGGGGGGGGGAGAGGAUGGUAUGGCCGCGUCGGUAGAUGAGAAUGAUGGGCCUUUAAAGGCCACGAAAGGGUGUAAGAAGGCCCCGGGUUGGCAGGUCCAGAUGCUCGGGCCAUUGGGGGCGGAUGAGAAGCGCAAGUGUAAGAUGUGCGACACCCGUAUCAGUUGGUCGACGGGCACUACGACUCCAGAGGUGCGCCACAUGGUUGCGAAGCACACGGCGCACCACGACAUUUGGCAGUAUAGGUCCCUAAGACCACACCUACUGACUAAGGGGGAGACUUUCCCGGAGGGUGGCUACGAUGGAGUUCCCGACAGGAAGGUGGUGAAUUGGCCACACGUGGCCUCGUGGCCCAAGUUGCCGGUGGUGCAGACCCCGAGCGCGAAGGAUGAGGCAGGCGGCAUUGAGCGCUUUGUUUCAGCGAGGCUGAGUAAGCUGAAGCUUCGUGCGGCGAUCACGAAGCUUGUGGUGACCGGCGACUUGCCCUUUCGCAUCGUCAAGCUGGAUGCGUUCAAGGAGCUGCUGAUCCUGCUGAACGAAAAGUGUGGGGAAAAGGGCGUCAUCCCAUCACGUUGGACGGUGGCACGCGACACCGUUGUCCUUGCUGACUUGGCGCUCGAGGCAGCGAUUGCAGAGCUGGCCUCUACAACCUGUGCCGUGUCGUACAUCACCGAGAUGUGGACAGGCCCGAACGGCAAGGCCUACAUGGUGCUGAUAGGUCACUUCGUGUCAGUGCAGUGGGAGUUGCGCCAGGUGAUUCUUGCUUUCGUCGAGAUGCCUGGUAGGCAUGGGGGGAAGGAAAUCGCUAAGGCGGUGGAGAAGGUGGUGGUGCAGUGGAAGUUGCAGACGCGUUGCCUCGGUCUCACGACCGACAAUGCGUCUGCAAACGUAGUUGCUCUUCGGCACCUGGCGGAGGAGGGUGAAUUCUCGGGGUACUUCAGCUAG